CGUGAACGUUGCCUUGGCUGAAAGGCUGCCAUGCUUUCUUCUCUUCUUGCUGUCUCUCUCUGUCUUUUAACAUCGUUUGUUCGAGCUGGUUCCGACUACCACGAACGCCUUCUUCUCCGACCUCUCCCUCAAAACGCCCUCCUCGCGUCCUUCAACUUCCGCAGUAAUGAAUCCUCAAGCUCUUUCGAGCGCCAGAAUUUCAGAUAUUUCCCCCGGUCACUAGGCCAGAUAUUACAACAUGCAAACACAAAGGAGCUCCAUUUGCGGUUUAGUCUAGGGCGGUGGGAUGCGGAGAGCUGGGGAGCAAGACCGUGGGAUGGAGCUAGAGAAGGAGGCACAGGAGUCGAAUUAUGGGCUUGGGUAGAUGCAGAGAGUGAGGCAAAUGCCUUUGCGAGAUGGCUGACCCUCACGAAUGCACUCUCGGGCUUAUUUUGCGCCUCUCUCAACUUUAUCGAUUCUACGAAGACUAUACGGCCAGUAAUGACCUUUAAGCCUGAAGGAAACCACCCCAAUAUGUCCUCGCCGAAUCUUCACUUACUUCACGGGACGCUACCGCACGAAGUCGUGUGUACGGAGAACUUGACGCCUUUCCUCAAGCUACUCCCAUGCAAAGGAAAAGCUGGGAUAUCAAGCCUCCUGGAUGGACACAAGCUGUUUGAUGCGUCGUGGCAGACUAUGUCAAUUGAUGUGAGGCCAGUCUGCAACAAUGAUGGUUCGGACUGCGUUAUCGAGAUGGAGCAGACUGUGGACAUGGUUCUGGAUUUGGACAGGUCGAAACGACCACGAGAUAAUCCAAUCCCUCGCCCUCUUCCAAUUGAGGAUAUCGAAUGCGAUACCUCGAAAUCCUACAACUCGCAGGAUAGCUGUUUUCCACUGGUUAAAACAUCAGAACCAUCUUGGAGCCUCUCUGAAAUAUUUGGAAGGCCCAUUAAAGGAGCCUGCCCUAUUACAGGUGAAGAAGGUGAAAAUGCUGAGACAGUGUGCCUUAAUGUCCCCGCAGAGCGCAAUGUGGACAUCAAGACUAAUGGCGGAUACACCGAAGUACCGAGAGGCGAGGGGCUAUUAAGAUGCUACAAACUUCCAAGCCGCGAUGACUUCGAUAUAUCCCUCCCCGAACAAACUCUUCCAACCCCUCUACUCCUCCCCCAACCACCCCUUACCGCUGCUCGCUCCAUUAACGGUCAUGGUCAAGAACGGGGCAGUGUACAGGCUGUCAUCACCAACCCCUCAGACUAUCCCGUUUCACUCAUCUACCUCGAAUCACUUCCUUGGUUCAUGAAGCCCUAUCUGCACACAUUACGCGCCUCUAUCCCUGGCGCCCCCGCGUCUACUAACCCUAUCAAAGAGACAUAUUACCGCCCCGCCGUCGACCGCCACCGUGGUACCCACCUCGAGCUCCUCCUCGAGAUCCCCGCGCACUCAUCACUUAUCUUAACGUACGACUUCGAGAAGGCAAUCCUACGCUACACCGAGUACCCGCCAGACGCCAACCGCGGAUUCGACGUCGCUCCAGCUGUCAUCCGUCUGUUACCAUCCGAUGGGAAUCCCAACGCGCCGCCUGUGUUCUUACGAACCACGUCGCUGCUCCUCCCACUUCCCACACCCGACUUUAGUAUGCCUUACAAUGUCAUCAUUCUCACCAGUACCGUCAUGGCGCUCGGAUUUGGGAACAUCUUUAAUUUACUUGUGCGGCGCUUUGUAGCUGUAGAUGAGAUCGAGGGAUGGCAGCCCGGCGGAUUGACAGGCGCGUUGAGGACUAGGCUCGAUAAGCUCAAAGCUAGGUGGUUUGGGAAAGGGGAGAAGGAUGAAUGA